ACCCGUUUGGUAAGCGGACACAUUUGGAACCUACACUGGCACUGGUGUCUCUUUACCCUUUUUCAUCGUUUUAGUUGGAGAAGGAAAAUAGCACACGUUCUCUGCACUUAAAUGGCGCGUCCGAAUCAUGUCGCAAGAGUCUGCUCAUUGUACAAGAGGGUUCUGGUUCUGCAUCGGUUCCUGCCCAUAGACUUGCGAGCUCUGGGGGACCAGUAUGUCAAAGACGAGUUCAGAAGGCACAAGGACGCGUCUCCGGAGGAGACCCGGAGCUUCAUGUUGGAGUGGGAGAGCUACAAGGACACGCUGCAGUCUCAGAUUGUGGAGUUGAUGGCAAACCCAGAAAACAUUGUCAAGUUCGGCGCUGAUCUGCCGGAGAAGAGAUUGAGUGACUUCCAGGAUGAGCAGAUUGGUCAACUUUAUGAGCUUUUGCUUGAAUCAACCAAACCCAACCGACAGUUUAACAUCCAGGAAGAAACAAAGUGAGCCAAUGGCUGGAAAUAAAACUUUUAUUUCACUAUCAAUGACUAUUUAGCUCGGGAUCACAUGCUCUUAGAAAUCCUUGAUUCAAUUUAAGUGCUGUGUAAUAUCUCUGUGUUCCUCGUCUGUGCUACUUCAUCCGACAGUAAAGGUUGUUCUCUGCAUUUAAGUGGUACAAAUCAUUCUUUUUACUUUUUGUCUGAUUACCUUUCUCUUCCAAUUGUGAAAAACUGUCAGGAAAAGGACAUUUUUGCAAUAUGUGUCAGGAGCCCUUUAUCUGCCUUUAUCAAAUGAGGUGAUGAUGAUUUUCUAAGUCAUUCCCUGCAAUGUGGCCUUGUCUUCAAGUCUCUAGUGUCUUGGAAUGGAACUCUUUGCCACUGCCAUCCUCUGUCCCUAUGAGCUCAUUACUAUAUGAAUAUUCAACAUGAAAUAUAUUAAUAAAAUGGGUCUGAGAAAUAAAAAAACAACAAAAACUGGAUGCAAAUAGAGGCUUGGCAAAGGCCUGCACUCUACUUCA